AUGAUCAAACAUUUUCCUCUUUUCCUUUUUCUCUUGAUAAAUAUCGUUGAAAGUGAUAACAUUCAAUGGAAUGAGAAUGUUGGUACCGGUUGUGACUUUGUCAAUAAUGAUUUAUCCAAUGCUCGGACAUCAUCUGAAGAUUGUUUCCAACGAUGUAAUCAAACGAUCAGUUGUACUCAUUUCACUUGGACAACUUGGAACGGCGGAACAUGUUGGAUGAAGAAAGGAAUCGUUUACAAAGGUGAUGCGUUUUCAACGAUGGAUUCAAGUAUUAUUUGUGGAGUUUUGUACGAUGAUAGUGAGAUUGAUAGUGUCGAAAAUUCACCAACAUCCAUUAUCACCAACAUUCUUCCAAAUGCAUCAGGAAAACUAACGACUUUGCCGUGCUUCGCACAUUUUUUAUUCGUUAUUUUUAUGUGCAAAUUGAAUUAA